AUAUCUGACGCAGAUAGUGGGUCCCAAGUUGAGAGAUUGCAAUAAUAAACACUCAGAGACAGAAAGAGAAAGAGAAUGUGGGCCUGUAACGUGAGAGACAGAGGCAGGCGAGUGAGAGAGAAAGCGAAACGUGAGGGACAGAUAGUUUAAAAGGACUGGAAGGUGAAGGAGAGAGACGGGAAGGUUAGAGAGAAAAAGGGGAGGUAUGGAGAGGCAGGUGAGAAAGAGGAAUUAUGAGCAGAGACACUAUGGAAAGGUGAGGGAGGAGUUGGACCAGAAGACGGAGGGGAACAAAGUCUAUAACCAGUUAGUGGUAAUGAGUUCUGUUGGAGAAAUGAAGCGUAAGGGGCGUUAACUCAGCCUAAAUUGUACCAGCAUAUAUAUUUUUGGGAUUCUGGACCAUUCUUUUCAUAAAAUCUGAUGCAAGAAACAAGAUAUAUUGGUGACUGCUUUUCUCUCAGAGGAAACAGAGACUGUUCCGUUGUCCAUACUGUUCCAGUGACAUCUAUCAGUCUGUAAGCAUCACAAGUGUAAAUAGUCUCAGGACAAUGAUCUUGGAUCACUGCAGACCUGAUAUAGCACUGUGCAGACCUGCAGGUCCUAUAUGUGGGGACGAGCCCUGAGAGUUCAAUAGACAAUCCUCAUACCCAAAGGCAGAGGAAGCUGCAGACAUGUCCAACUCUCAGGAACAGAGUCUCGAUGAGGAUGUGAUAAUCCUGCCCGUGUCCGCCUCCAGCCCCAACUACCACCACUGCGAGGGGGAACGCUAUGCACUGGAAGGCCUGCUGAGCUCAGGCCCUGAGGAUUUCUACAGGAGGCUACAGGACGAAUGUCUCAUCCCUUUCCUCUCACAAGAGGAGGUGAACCUGAUCAGUGACUGGGUCCAGGACUACCAAAUCAGCCAGGUUCAGCUGGAAGAGAUGGAGGGUGCUGAGGAUGGAUGUAGCUCAGGGGUGCAGGACUUCUCUACCAGUUACUUCCCCACCCAAUCAGACACCCCAGCGCCCUGCCUGGAGCUGGGAUGGCCAGAGAAGGUCACCUGGAUGGGAAUGGGUAAGGUGACGGUUCACACCAGCCCACAUGCAGACGGACAGCCACCUAUCAGGGAGAUCAUCAGAAGACUGCUGCAGGGGGCUACCAAGCUGAUUGCCAUGGUGACAGACCGACUGACAGACAGUGCUGUGAUCGGAGACCUCCACACCAUGGCUUCACAGGGAGUCCCGGUUUAUGUCAUCCUGAACCGGAGAUCCAUCCAGGAAACCAUGAACCAUAACAGACUGAGGCAUCCGAAUAUACGGGUUCGUGUUCUUGGAGGUAAUAACUUCUUUUCGAGGGAGGGAAAGAUGGUAAUGGGAGAAAUGAAAGACAACUUCCUUCUGGUGGAUUUGGAGACCGUGGUUAACGGCAGUUACAGCUUCACAUGGUCAGACGCCCACCUGCACCGGCAGCUGGUGACAGUACUGACUGGGCCAGUGGUGGAAACCUUCGACAGAGAGUUCCGGAUCCUCUUUGCAGCAUCACAUCCAGUUCCAGACAACUGGAAGACUGGCAGGUCCCCGAUUGAUGCACCUCUAUCCCACUCAGAGUUCCUGAACGUAGAUAAACGGCCCAACUACCUCCCCAUGGAGGCUAUCGAAGGCCCCCCUCUUCAUCCACCUUCAGACCCUCUUAUGGACUGGGUGGCUCUUGGUGAUGUCAGCAGUCCGGUUAAUCAGUUCAAGGAAACCAGGGACAUGAACAUGAACAUAAAGGAAUCAGGGCAACAUUUAACAGCUGUGAACAAUAAGCCACCUUUUCAGGAGGAGAUUUGUCCAAAGGAGUUAAACUACCACAUGACUACACCUCUGGAUGAGGGGAGGGUCCAAUACAAAACAUACGUCAGACACUACUCUAAAGGGGAUGUGAAUGGGUCUGUGAGGCACAGUGGAAAUGAAAUGGAAACAGGUCCAAAAGAAGAAGCUGAGGCCUUAUCCUCCAUACAAAGAAGGGAUCGUCCAGCUAGAAGGGAAGACAUUACGGUAGAUUUCCAAUCAGAUGAAGACAAUUCUGUAGUCAGCUCUAGGGUCAAUUGCCCUUCUACUUUUAGGAGACACGUGACACUGAACAGGCUGCAAAGUGAAAGCAUUUCUUCUUUGAAUGACAUCAUGAAAAGACUGCAGCCUAGUCAGACCUAUUCAGCCAAGCUGAGAGAGGCAUCUAAGACCACCAUGUCAGAUCUUAGCAUGUCAAUGAUGGAUUUAAGAAUGAUGAAUACAAACCCAAGCUUUCAAGAAAAAGGACCAUCAGUGCCACAAGCUAGUUACUUUGAUGCUUUUCGAAUGACCCCAGCCCUCACACUGAUGAGGAACAGGAGUGAUGAGUUAAAAACUGGGAUCUUAAGGCCUCCCAAAACCUUCAUGCCUCCCACCACCAGGCCUCGCAGUAACAGCUUUGGGUUCCCAUGGACCUGGAGAAGGCCACAGACUGACUUGGACAGAGGGGGGGAGGAGAGGAUGUGACUGAGUGAAGAGACCAGGGUACUGUUCCUAUGUCAGCAGGACAAUGUUAGCUAAGUUGAGUACAGAGUCUAUUGUUGAAUAGAACUGAUACAUCUGAUCUGCAACUUCACUGUAAGUGAUUAAUGUGUUUACUUAGCUGAUGAAUCAUGGACACCACCUGUUAAUGGCAGCAGGUGAAGGAAUGUAUUGAGGUAUUUUGUUUGAAAUGUAUUGAGCUGAAUCAAUAUUUCUCAGUUGAUCAUUUCAUAUUAACAUAACAUAAUGAGGAAACAGGACACAGGUGAGAGGCAAGCACAGGUGAAACCAAUAAACUAAGGGAAGCUAAACAGAACAUAAAAAGAUACACCAGAACUGAAACACACAGAACAUAGAAACAGAUAGACCAGAACUGAAAAAAACUGAACAUAGAAAGCAAUCUGUGGCCGGGCGUUACAACAGUAUUCUGGUUUCAGCCCCUAAACGAAUGUGAAACAUGUAUCUGUUUACAUACACACAGGUCUUGGUCCGCAGCACCAUAUUUCCUUUUUUUAUAUCUAAUUUUCUUCUUUCUUAUGAUUAUGAUAAACUAAACUUACAAAAAUUAAUACAAUUUGUUUUAGUUUAUUUUCAAUCAGGUGACCUUUUUUAUAUUAUCAUGUUCCCCAAAAAUACAAUCCUGUUUCCAAAACUGUUGUAAUGCUGUGAAAAUGUAAAGAAUUACAGAAUGCA